AAAUACUUGGAAGCAGCUCUGAAACACAACUCUUAUAUUCCUUUCACUUAGCAAGCAUUGGUUGUUACGAUUCAUUAGCUUUGGAGCAAGUUUUUAAAACAGAUUUUAGCCGGUCAAAAUUAAGAAUGCAGUACACAUAUCUAAGGUUGUGGCAAAUAUUACAAACGUUACCAAAUUAUAAUGGGCCUAAGCCGCCACUAGAAGCAUUACAAAAAGUUAAUCAAAGUCCGAAAAAAGAUUUCCAGUUUUAUUACAGUCUUGAAAAGAUGCUUAAUGGUCCAAAAUAUUUUAAAACAAACCUUCGAAGUAAAUUAUAUCAUCAACUCGAUCACGUUUUUGUAUUUAAAAAUGAUGAACACCUCACUCCUCAAAUCAUCGACCAAGACGUUAAAUACAUUGAAGAUUUAAAUGUUCCAGAUGAUUGUAAAGCUGUCAUAUUAUUGAAUUUACCACCAUACAUGUUUGGCCGCAAUACCGGCGAAUUAUUGGGCCCGUUCUCGGUUUGUUAUGAUUAUUUAAGAUCCCUGUCAUACGAAAUCGUUGCAGUUUCUUGGAAUAAUUCUAGCUUCCCGCCCGGUGACAGAGGAAUGAACGAUUUGUUUAGCAAAAUAAAAUCACAGUUGAAUCAACGAUAA